CCCCCUGCUGGCUACUUGCUGUUACGUCCUGUCGCUGUUGAACUAAGCAGAGCUGCUGUCUAACACAAACUGUUCAAGCUAAUUUAUAGAAACCACUCAGUUUUACAUCCGUAUUCUGCAGGUCAGCGGAGCAGGCUUUGUUUUUUUCGCGUUGUGAGAGUCCCUGAGAGUCGCAGCCCUGCAUUCCAAAAAGGAAGACGAGUAUUUCACCAUGAGCUCAGAUGAUGGUGAGCUGGAGAACCAGGCUGAGCUGGAGGAGGAGACGAGGCUCAUCAACCAGGUGUUGGAGCUUCAGCACACCGUAGAAGACCUGUCUGCCCGGGUGGAUGCCAUCAAAGAGGAGAACCUGAAGCUGAAGUCGGAAAACCAGAUUCUGGGUCAGUACAUCGAGAACCUCAUGUUGGUCUCCAGUGUCGUCCAGACCACCGACUCCAAGAGCAAACGAAAGUAAGGAGCGCUUCAGAGAGCUCUGAGCUGAAACCACCCGACUAACCUGAACCCAAAGUGACCAACGAUGGGACUCACAGAUCCUUUAAAAAACAUGUUUCUGUCGGGAACAUGUCUGUAAAUGUGGACAUCUGUUCUUACCCUGAUAUGGCCACUGGGGGCAGUGUUGUUGUGUUUUUACAAACAGAAUGUGUAGGAAAGAUAAGAAUGAUAAACUUAUCCAGGCAGGAACCAAAGACUUCCAUCCAUGUUGAGUCUCUCAGCAGACAUCUCUACAGGUCUUUAAAUUCAGUCACUGCGUGGUGUUUUAUUAAACCUGGAUGUAAACAUGAAUCUUUCCUGGAGCCUGUUGGAGUUAGCUGCAGCUCAUAUCUGUUUUUAGCUUCAUCUAAAGCCCAAACAUCAGGAGGCAGGCUAGUGGUAAUCCCACCGGUUCAACAUGUAACUUUUAGAACCAGAAGCUAGUCAAGAGUAUAGACGGACCCACUUCUUUCCGAUUAACAUCUGUUGGCUGACUAUAGUCUUGUUGAUGGAUUAGGGUUAGGGGAAGGACUAUAGCCCUGUUUCUGGUUCCUCUGACUGCUUCUAAAAUGAUCUCCAGCCAGACACUGAGCCUGAAUGCAUCCUGCAGACCCAGAUGACCUGCAGUGCGUUCACUAGCUACUCUCUGCUGUAGUUUUUGUGACUUAUUGCUGCAGUGGAAACAGAUUUAAGGCUCUUCACAGUAGCGUUUGCUCCACUUUGCCUCAGUUCAUGCGGUGGAAAGCCACCUACUGCUGCAUAAAAAUCUGGGAAUAACGUGAAUGUGAGAGCUCUAGUUGUACUGAUCAGUGCAGUAAAUAUUAAACAGCCUAAACACUGAAGUGAUUGAGGCUCUUUGUCAUUGGUUCCUGUGUAAAACUGUUCACCCAAUUAAAACGCAGUAUGCAGGUCUACAUGCUAAUCACUGAUGCUAAUGAAUAAGCUCAUAGCUGAAAGGAUCAUUUCCUUUUUGGGGUACUUAACGUUCCCAGACAUUACUUCUGCAGUUAGUGAUGCAGAAUGAACACAUUAAGGCUUUUUGGUUCAUUUUCUCUCGUGUAUAAAUCACAAAAUCUGAAUAAUUUAUUCAUUUUUAGCAGAAAAACUCCACGUCACCUCCCUGGUCAGAUGUUUCUACAUUAAAUUUGAUCUCUCCCUGGUUGGUUAUUCCUGGCGGGAACCUGGUGAGGGAUCGUGUCCUUCCUCCAGUACAGGAAAUAGAACAGGGAGGGUCAUUUUUUUUAUUUAAAAAAAAAAAAUUACUAGCUAGUAUUGCUGCCAUUGCUAUAGGUACUGUAGAAUCUAGAUUUUUGAUGCCAGAAAUAGUUUUUAUUGUCAUUACUUCUAACCUCUGAAGAACUCAAACUGCUCAGUCGUUCUUUUAAGCCACUAGUCAAGACUUUUGUGUAUUAAUGUUGAACUGGAAAGUCAAGUUUAGCCUCUCACGAUGACAUACAGACUGACAUGUUGCAUUUUUACAUUGUUUUCAUGUUGUUUAAAAUGACUUCAGUUCAAUAAAAUAAUGAUCCUUUUUGAUGAGA